UAAAACAUGUCAAUGUCAAUUAUUAAAACGUCAAUACUGUGAAAAGCGAGCGAAAACGAAGGAAAAUUAAUUUGUGAUUCAUUUGUUUUAUAUAUCUAACCCAUAAAAAGUGUAAUUUUAUUUAUAAGCGUGCAUAGUAGAUAUAUAGAUGCGUGUAUAAGAGCUUUUAAAAGGUAUAAUUCAUAGCUUUGUGUGGGUUCAAUAUAAAGUUUUUAUUUACGACGACGACGCUUCAGUCGUCAUGCCUCCUCGAACUAGAACGAGAAAAGCAAAAGGUAUAAAGGAAAAUGCCGACGUCGAAAACAACUUUAGAAACACCGGUAAAGUUGUAAAAUCUAACAGAAAAGUGUUAGGGGACAAAACCAAUUCUUUAUCAGACGACAAUGAGACUGUAAUUGAAAGCAAACAAGGGCCGACAAAACUUUCUCUUGCCAUUGAAAAUAAUGGUAGACCUCUGCGUCAAAAACGAUUGCCAGCACGUUUCAAGGAGAAUCGAGCGCUUAAUACCUUGUCAACAAGUCAGAAUAAUCUAAACAAUCCAACCACAACAAAAUAUCACGCAUCAAGCAAAAUUAUUGGCAACCAAGAAAAUGUCCAGGAGAUCACUAAGAGACAGGUCUCAGAAACAAAAAAUACCAAUGCAACACACAAAAUAGCUACCAGUUCUGUUACAAAUGUUUUAGAGAAUCAUGAUAGAGAUACUUUAAAAAGAAAUUGUGAAACAGGGCAUCAAAUAAAUAAAUCAUCAGAAAAUAUUCCUAAAAAUGAUAAAGUUGUGCCUAGCAAAGUAGGCAAUACAACUGUCACCAAAAGAAAGAUGCCUGAGCGUCAAAAGAAACAAAUAAUAGAUACCAAAACAAAAACAAAGUCUAAACAUGUUAACAUGAAAGAGAAUGGGACAUCUGUAUCAAAAAACAAAUCACCUAAUAAGUCACAGACUUCUAAUGUGUUACUUAUAAGUAAUACAUUUACACCACCAUCUGAUAAAGGGCCUAAUUCUGAGUUUGAAAAAAGCUUAAUUAUUAAUCGUCUAAAGAGGAUUCACCGUUUGCCAUCUAGAUUUGAUGACCAUUCCAUAAGCCCCAAUAAGUUUAUUCCAGUCCAGCCAUGUCAUGCAAGUACUCCCUUAAACAAGAAUUCAUCCAUAGCUAAAAAAAUACAAACAGACCCAUCAAACACUAAAAGUAUUAAAAAUAAAGAUGUCUCAACAAAGAUAGAUAAAAAGUCAAAUAACAUAAGCCCGGACACUAAUAAUAACCCAAAAAGAAUUAGAUCAGCUAGGCUUAAAGUGAAACCUAAAACAUCACCAACUAAAAGAUCCCCAAGGAAUCUGAAAACUGGGAAACGGUUAUUAGACAAAAGUCUUUCAUUUAAAAUACUUAAUGACAACAAAAAAUCUAAAGGUCAUGCAGAGAAACUUGAUGUUUAUGAAUUUACUUUUGAUCCUGAUGAAGAACCGGAACCACAGAAGAAGAAAAAGAAGAGAGUAGUUAAAAAGAACCCAUCCAAACCAAAAACAAUUGUGGUGAAAAAAAAUUAUGACAAAAAUAUGUCUAAAGCCAUAGCUGCCUUAAAAGAAGUGGUGGCUAUGUAUAAAAACGCAAAAGAUCAAAACAAUAAGAAAGAAACACAAGUACAAAAUGUACAGAAUGAUCAGAUAGCAUCAACUAGCAGUGCGGAACAGAAUGCAAUACAAGGUCAACAAACAAUUUCAAAUGUUAUGCCACAAAUUGAAAACCUUGAUCCUAAAGUUAUUCAAGGGAAACAACAUAUGAAUCAAAAUGAAACUGAUUUAGAUGCCAUCAAACUACUAGUGAAUAAUGGCAAUAAAUCUGUGUAUGAAAAUCCCCCACCUAUUAAUGUGGAAGAUAUUGAAGCAGAUGUUGAAAUAAGUUAUCAUGAUGAUAUUAACUACUCUCCUGUUAAUUCCCCAAGACCAUCAUCUCUAAACCCUGUUGCUGUAACGCAAUAUUCGAAUGCAGAAGACCAACGAGAGACAAUAGAGAGAGCUAUUUACAAUAAUGAUCCUCUCAACUUACAAGAUGAUAUUAGUUUCUUUGAUGACCAGCCAGUGGCAAAUAGUAGCAUGAAUGUGUCUGUGAAGCACCCAUUAGCAAGCCCCUGGAGAGUGGAAUUUGGUAGGUUACCAAUUAAGUGGCCAGCAAAUACAUAUUUGAAAGCAAAUAUGACACCUGCAGUUGAAAGUUCUUUUAUUAGUUCGGAAGACAGUAAUAAAAAGAAACAUGUCUAUGUUAAUAUGAUUCCACAAGAAAAUGAUAGUCUACCUCAAAUUGUUGAAAGUAACCCAACAAAUUUAAAACAAACUAGCAUUAUUUCAUUUAUAAGAGAAGUUGCUGAAAGAAAUGCCAAUAAAAAGAAAAGAGGGAAAUCACUUUCACCAAUAAAGGCCAGUGCUUUGUUUGAAGAUGUUAUUAAUAGAAGCAAUGCAGACAUGCAGAAAACAUCUAAAAAAGUAACAAAGAAAGCAGCCAUUGCAAAGAAAACCAAUAAAGAUGUAUCUAAUUCAAGCAGCAAUACUUCUAAUGAUAAAGAUAAUGUCAGAGAGACUAGAAAACGCAAAAACGAUAAUGCUAUAUCUAAAUUACCAGCAAAAUCACCCCGUAAAGAAAAAGAUAAAGAUGUGACAUACUUUGGUUUUGAUGAUAGUGGAAACGAAGAUCAGGAAAAUGUGGUGCCAAACAAGAAUAGUGAACAUAAUAAAGUACGAUCAUUGAGGUCUCGUUCAAGAGUUUUACAGGAAAUUAAUGAUAAAAAUGGACCGGCAAGAACUGCUUUGCCAUUAGCUGCUAAGACGAAAAUAACUUCAAGUUCAGAAGCAGUAAAGAGGAUGUAUGAAGAUUUGAAAUCAGCAGAAGAUGCACCUCAGUUGCUGGACAAAAAUGAUCAACUAAAUGCUGGAACAACUAACGUUGAUGUACACCAGAGUGCAGAGAUUGAUAAUGAGGAAUGUGAUUCUGUCCAUCUCUUUGAAGAUAUUGAUAUUGUACACCAUUUAAAGCCAACACGUAAAAGUUAUGGCAAGGCAAAGAAAGUUACGUUCAGACAACGGUCAACAUCUGAUAGUGAGACGCAAGCCAGUGAAGGAGAGAAUCGAAUGCAAUCUAGUGAUGAAGACGACUUGGCAGACCUAACAUUUACCAUGCCUGAGAUAAACCAGAAGAAAACUAUUAAGAAAAAGAAAACAAAGAAAUUAAUGUCUAAGAAGGAGGAAAAAGAAGCUGACGAAUGGGCCGCUGGUUUUAAUUCAAUGUGCGAAGACAUUGAAGAGUUCCCACUUGUUGUUGAGUAGAUCUUGCAAUCAUGACUAUAUAUAUUUAUUUUUAUUUAUUAUUAAGGUUAAAUUAUGAACAGUAAUAUUAAGAACAUAGUACUAUAAAAGUACACUCAUAGAAAUAAGUGUAUAUGAUAUUAAAAUCAUCUCAAAAAUUCGCAGUUGAACUAUCAUUAUAGUAAUGUCCAACAUUUUAUUAAGCUUGUGUUAUAUACCGUAUUGGAAGAAGGAAAUUUAUUUCAGGGCACAAAUUACUUUAAUUAAUUAGGUAUGUUAAAUUAGUUGGUAAAUUAUGAUUCAGGAACAAUUUAAAAAGGUGCCAUAUUAUGGGGGGUUUGAACAAUUGAACAAACAAGAAUUCUCAUUUUUACAACUUACAAGUAAUGUUACUAAUUUAGGUUUUUAUAAAUUGUAUGUUUGUCAUCAACAAUAUCCUUUUAUAAUUAAAAAUAGGUAGUAUGUAAUUAGUUUUAUAUGUGAAGUGAACUUCAAACUUAUUUAAAGCUUUAUUUUAAAACUUUAAGAUACAUGAUUGAUUGUAACAUGGCAUGCAGAAGUCACAAAUUUAUUUCGGUACCAGUGGGUUACUAACUCCAUUGUGAUAUUAGACAUUAUUUUUGUUUUAUCCAUUUUAAUUGUCUUAUACAAAACAAUAAUCUCGGAAGUUACUAAAACUAGUUACUCUCUAGUUUGUUUUGAAACUUACUUAUUUAUAUACAAAAUAGUAUACAACAAUUUUAGCAAUAGGUAUGUGAAAAAAAUAACUAAUGUAGUAUGUCUCUGGUUGACUGACUAAGGGGCCGUAAUCAGAAUGCCUUCCUACUAUUGUUAGGCAGAUACAAAAAAAUAUUCAUAGACAUCCUAAGUGUGUAACUAGGAAUUUUUUUUAUUGCUUUGAAUGACGAGACGAGCCUGCCGUGUGCCUGAUGGUAAGCGAUACGACCGCUCAUAAACAGCAGAAACACCAUCGAACACCUUGUAUUACAAAGCAUUGCUUGGCACUCCAAUGCACUUACCAUCCUGAGACACCAGAUGCUAAGUCUUAUUAUGUCCACUAGUUACACUGGCUACAAUGUCCUACAAACCGGAACAGAACAGUGACUACACACUGCUGCUUGGCGGCAGAAAUAGACAUUACGGUGGUGCCCAGGCAGACUCUCACAUAUGAGAGACCUACCAUCAGUAGAUGGAUAUGUAAUUUCUAUAUAUUUUUUUGUUUUCUACUAGAGAAAAUGAUUGUAGGCGUCUUGGUUACUACUCUUCGUUAAGUGCAAGACAGCACCUCUUACCAUUUCCAACUAUAGUGGUUAUUUCUAAUGACAUCAAAUGUUUUAAUAAUUUCUAAUAAUUUUCGUAAUUAUAUGGUGAAAAGGGAGAUAACAAAUUGUUUUUCAUGUUAAUGUAUUUAUGCAGCUCAAAAUAAAAAACAGGUUGUAGAAAUUUUCGUCGUAAUUUAGAUAGACUAUCUUCUUCUUCUUUUGGUUUCGUGGCUCCACCGUUGUAUAUCGGUGAUUUUGCAAAUGUCAAAAUAUGUAUAUGUAAUGCACUCUAUGAAUGUCAUAUGGCAACUAAAGAUCCGGCCUGUGGUAUCUUGUUAGAUUUUUUAUAUAAGUAAAUACCGAAAUGAAAACAUAAAAAGCAAGAAAAAAUAAAAAGUAAUAAUUUUUUAAGAUAGCAAAUGAAAAAAUAUUGUUGAUCUUUUAGAAAGGACGCAUACAAGUAAAGAACGAAGACCAUAGAGUAAGUAAUUUCCAUAUAUAUUAUAAUUCUCUUUGAAGAUAGACUAUCUGUUGUAGUAAAUAGACAAAUAAGUUCCAAAUUUCUACCACGGCGUGCGCUGCGAUCGCUUUUUUAUACACCCACCGUACAAUUUGCACAUAACCAAUACUCUUGCUAUUCAUUGUAGUACAAAUAUGUGCCUCCAGAUUUAAGUCCAUGACUUUUAAGAAUACUUGAUUUAUUUAAAUGUGAAUCAAUAUCAGCCCCGGAUCUAAAGGGGGCUAGCUGGGGCCCAUGCCCCGGGCGGCAAAUUCAAACUUGGCAGACCAAUACAUAACUCAUCAUUAACUCAACUUUGACUAUUGAGACAUCCAGUACAUUCAAUACUAAAAUUUCCAGCCAGGUGCGAAAUAAUGAUUAUGAUAAAAGUAAAAAUACAGAUGGGUGGGGGCGGCAUUUUCCAAAUUUUGCCCCGCCUCGAAAAAAUUCAAGAUCCGGGGCUGAUCAAUAUUUUACUAAGUGAGUUUUGAAAUACCUCAGGGACCAAUCAUUAUGUUAAGAUAUUAAAAUAUGUUUAGGUCACACAUAAAAACGCCUUUGUUACGUCCAUGACAAUUGCUGAUUUUAAAAUAGACUGAUUUUAAAUGUUUAAGUGUCUACUUCACAACAUAAAUAUAUAAGCCGACCAAAUACAAAAGUCACUCUAAUCUUUGCUCCCAAAUUGAUGGAUAUAAUGAGUACUAUAUAAAUUAGCUGUUUAACAUGAUAACUUUAAAAAAACUUCAAACUUGUGCAACAGGUACUAAAUGUUAUUUCAAAGGGGAUACAUUAGAGAAACUGGUUGAAAGUGUUUUAAGAAAGUACUCUGUGUAGAAUGUUUACAUUUUGGAUGUAUGUUCUCAAUCGAAACAUAACCUCGUAUAUAAAUGGACUAAGUUGGGGUCGAUUUUAUAAAUUAUUUUAUGAAUUUUACCUCCAGACAGCUAAACUUUUCCAUAGAUUGCUAACGCUCAGCUAAGCUAGCACAGUUAGCUUGCAUUUUUUAAAUUUUAUCCUAAAAACGCAACGAUUCUCGUCUAGUGUGGAUGCGCUUUAAAUAUAGUUACUUUCAGUGUUUUAUAGUUUUAGAAUCAGAAGUAAGCCAUAUUUAGAAAUUAAGUUAAAAGAAUAGGUUUAUUUUUAAGUUUUAACAUCUAAUCUCAUAUUUUUUAUUAUUUUUGGAUGGUAAGCAUCAAGCAUACUUGGUUUAGAAAGAGAUGAUCGCGCUGGGUUGUAUCGUUUUUGUAAUUAUAUGGACAGAGAUUGAUUUAUUCAAAUAAAUAUUUUAAAUAACA